AAAAAAAAUUGGAUGCAGUCAAAGCACUUGAAAAUGAGUCGCUCUUGUCCAGUUCCUCUAGUCCUGCUGUCCGGGAUCCCUUCGGUCAUCCCCUGGAUUCCAUCCACCCCUGGCACUUCAUGCUUCUGGCAGCGGUAUUGUUGGUGGUGACUGAGAACCUUGCUGUAGUCCUUGUAACUUUUAAGUUCAAGCAAUUGAGACAACCUAUCAAUUAUGUUAUAGUCAAUUUGUCUGUGGCUGAUUUCCUGGUCUCGCUGACUAGUGGCACCAUCAGCUUUCUAACAGAUCUAAAAGGUUAUUUUUAUAUGGGAUGCUGGGCUUGUGUACUGGAAGGAUUUGCUGUCGCAUUUUUUGGCAUUGUUUCUCUCUGGUCUCUUGCUCUGUUGGCUUUUGAGCGGUACAUUGUGACCUGCCACCCUUUGAGAAAUGUGCGCUUGAAAGGGAAGCAUGCAGCCCUAGGUAUUGUCUUUGUGUGAACCUUUUCCUUCAUUUGGACCAUUCCACCAACAAUGGGUUGCAGCAGUUACACGACCAGUAAGAUUGGAACUACUUGUGAGCCUAACUGGUACUCAGGAGCUUAUGCUGACCAUUUGUACAUCACUGCAUUCUUCACCACAUGUUUUGUAGUGCCUUUAUUGGUGAUUUUGAUAUCCUAUGGCAAACUGGUGCGGAAGUUGAGAAAGGUGUCAAACACACAGGGCAGGCUGGGAGCUAGCAGACAGAGACCUGAAAGACGAGUGACUAGAACGGUUGUUGUUAUGAUCGUUGCUUUUCUGAUCUGCUGGAUGCCGUACGUCACCUUCGCUAUCCACUGCACACCCCUCCGUUGAGCUGGAUCUCAUCUGGCAGCAAUUCCAGCCUUCUUGUUCCAGACAGCCACUGUCUGGGACCCAAUUAUUAAUGUCUUUUUGAACAAACAGCUCUCCCGGAAGUGUCUGAUUCAAAUGUCCAGCUGCAGCAUAGGAACUACAGAGUCCAACACGAACCCAAUGUCAGAGAGAGCAGUGCUAACCCAGGGCAGACGAGGCAGUGAGAUGUCCACUAUGGCAGUACACAGCACCGUUUCUAAGAGGAAAACCGCAGGUGAGCACAGAAGUUGCCAACCUUUUGCUCCAUUGGCAGCUUCAGAAAACAAAGUCUGCUCCAUGUAG